AUGGAAAUCUCCAUCUUCAUUUUUGAGUUUUGGGCAAAGGAAUAACCAAACGGGCCUCUUCUUUGAAGUAAACCCCUAAACCCUAGUAAAUAAGCCUCGGUCUCCCAUCAUCGUCAUCGUCAUCUUCAAUACAUCCAAAUCUUCCAAUUUCAGCUUCUACAGAUUGCUCGAAAAUGGCUUCCAGAUGCAGCAGAAUCAUUAAUCGAGCUUCUCUUUCAUCUGUCAGAUCUGCGAUUAAGCCCGAAUUUCAAUCGCCCAAGACGUCGUCGUUCCACGCCUCCUCCCUCCCGUCCAGAUCCGCUUCCUCCCCGCUUCGACCAUUCUCCUUCUCUAGGUGCCCGUCGGAGUUGGGAUGCGCCGCGUCGAUGCUGCCGCUGCACACCGCCGUUGCUACGGCGAGGAUGACGUCAUGUCUCAGCUCAACGUCUCGGGAUUCUAGGGCUCUUUCACAGGGUACUCUCUGCUGCACUUCUCCAGGCCUCUAGCAUGUCUUUUAUUACUCCCAAAUUACAAAAGAAAGCACAUGAGUUUCCAAAAGAAUGAAAGAAUAUACUGGGACAAUUAGAGAUCCUCAAAAAAUGCUUCAGUGUCUUAUUCUGAAGUUUGAAAGCUUGUUAGCAUCCUAAAUGAAAUGUAUCUGUUUUUGUAGGCGUUUAAUAUAUCUUCUACCCCGUUCUACAUGCUAAUUGUACCUUAGUUUGGUCAUUCAUUAUCUGUCUUAAGUUUCAAGUUUGUACUAUUCUUUUGGAUGUAAAACGCAAAGUUCACUCUUUUGAGGAAUGAAUAAAGUUUAAUACACAGUUUCACUUUAAAUCUGGCUUGUAUCCAUAGCAGAUGUUACUAAUUUCAUGCAUGUAUUUUAACUGAUUUUGAUUUAGUUUGACAAGCAUAGUUUGGUAACAAAAAGUUCUCCUUUUCCCAGAUGAAAUUGAUGGAACGUGAUUCGUUUUUGCUGUUUCUGGUGGAUCAUCUCUACUUGAAUGUAUCUUAACCUCGAGGAAAUUAUAAGAGUAGUUUCUCUGCAUUGCUCGAUUUAGUUUAGCUCUGAAGAAAUGGUUUUUGUACUUGGAAUCCUAUUUGUCAACACUGAACAACAUAAUAUAUAAAGAUUUGAGUUAUUUUCUCUGCGGCACGAAGUGAACUUUCUUUCCAUCCUAUAAUACCAUAACCCCACCCUCCCCCGCUUGUAUCGGAUGAUUUUCUGAUGUGAAUUUUUUUGUUUGUUCAACUAGAGUUUGGUCUUUCGGUGCCAAGGUGACGACUUCUUGUGAAAGAAAAUGGAGCUUGUCAUCACUGCAGCAAUAUUCUGCAACAAUAACUUGUUGAACACCUA